AUGUUCACCUCCAGCCCGUCGCAAAGAACAGCAGACCCGGCAAUAUUCCAAAUACAGCACAAUGUUUCCUACGAGGUGCCUGUUGGGGCGCUCAGUGUGGAAAGCCUACCUCUACCUCGCACACUCCCUCCUCCGCCCGGCACGCCUCCCAUCCGGACACAGGCUCGCUCUGCGACAAUCUUGCCUAAUUUCGUCGGCUUGCGGUUCGCCGUUCACAAUGGGAAGAUUUAUCAAGAUGUUAUAAUCACGGAAGAGAUGGUGGGGCGCAAAUUGGGAGAAUUUGUUGGGACGCGGAAACGGUUUACUUACAAGCAGUCCAAGAACAAAUAG